GUUUUUUUCAAUGAUUGGUAACAUUGUAGCGUCUUUCUUUUAAUAUUGAGAGGUUACGUUAAACGUUGCGGCAUCUUUCAGUGUAUUUGUAUAUUUCACACGUUUCGUCUUUUUAAAGAAAUAUGAAGAAUUAAAUUUACGAUAGUUUUGAGAGGUGAUAUUACUUUAUGCAAAUAAGAUAUUAUCAUGGAUGCUGAUCUUUAUGAUGAAUUUGGAAAUUAUAUCGGGCCAGACUUAGCAUCCGAAAGUGAAGAUGAAGCAGAAUAUGGAAAUGUUGGAGAUGACGCAGAAGAUAGAGAACGUUCUGACGAGGAGAUGGAGGAUGAUAAAGAUGAAUCUAGAGAUAAUACGGAGCAAGGUUCAUCCACAGCAGUUGUUUUACACGAAGACAAAAGAUAUUAUCCUAGUGCGCUAGAAGUUUACGGUCCUGAGGUCGAAACUCUUGUACAAGAAGAGGAUGCGCAACCAUUGGACAAGCCCUUAAUAGAACCUACUAGGAAACCUAAAUUUCAAAUAAAACAACAACAACUUCCAGAGACAACUUAUAGCAUUGAAUUUUUAGCCGACAUGAUGGAUGCACCUCAUUUAAUUAGGAACGUUGUGUUACUUGGACAUUUACAUCAUGGAAAGACUACUUUGGUGGAUUGUCUAAUACGACAAACGCAUCCUUAUAUACACAGUGUAACCGAUGAAAAAGCUCUGAGGUAUACGGAUACUUUGUUCACGGAGCAACAACGUGGAGUAUCCACAAAAGCGACACCUGUAACUUUACUGUUACAAGAUGUAAAAUCAAAGUCAUAUUUGUUAAAUAUAUUUGAUACUCCGGGUCACGUGAAUUUUUCGGACGAAGCAACAGCCGCUAUUCGUUUGUCAGAUGGCGCAAUACUUAUCGUGGAUGCGGCAGAGGGUGUAAUGUUAAAUACGGAACGUCUAUUAAAACAUGCACUUCAAGAAAAGUUAGCAUUAACAGUAUGCAUUAAUAAAAUAGAUCGUCUUGUUUUGGAAUUGAAGUUACCACCUUUGGAUGCGUAUUAUAAAUUACGACAUAUCAUUGAAGAGAUUAAUGGUUUAAUAGCAUUAUAUUCGGAUUCAGAAAAUCCGGCCUUUGUUUCACCAGCAAUUGGAAAUGUCUGUUUCGCCAGUUCCGAAUAUAAUGUCUGUUUUACUCUUAAAUCUUUUGCCGCGUUAUAUGCAAAGAGUUAUCCAACUCUUAAUACUAAUGAAUUUUCAAAGAGAUUAUGGGGUGAUAUAUAUUUCAAUUCGAAAACGCGAAAGUUUACGAAAAAACCGCCGCACAAUACGGCACAACGUAGUUUUAUAGAAUUCAUAUUGGAACCUCUUUACAAAAUAUUUGCACAAGUUGUUGGAGAUGUAGAUACAACUUUGCCAGACGUUUUAAGCGAACUAGGAAUUAGAUUGACGUCGGAAGAAAUGAAAAUGAAUAUUAGACCAUUAUUGCGUUUGGUUUGUACACGUUUCUUAGGAGAUAUGUGUGGUCUAGUCGAUAUGUGUGUUAUGCAUGUUCCUAGUCCGCAGGCACACGCACCUAUAAAAGUUCAACACGUAUAUACUGGUCCUAUAGAUUCUCCUCUUGCACAAGAUAUGGUCAAUUGUGAUCCUGAGGGAAGAUUAAUGAUUCAUAGUACAAAAAUGUAUCCAACCGAGGAUUGCACGUUGUUCGUCGUUUUGGGAAGGGUAAUGUCGGGAACACUUGAAGCAGGACAACGUGUACGUGUCUUAGGUGAAGCAUAUUCGCGAACGGACGAAGAAGAUUCGCGUGUGCUUACAGUUGGUCGAUUAUGGAUAAGCGAAGCACGUUAUUCGAUUGAAUUGAGUCGUGUACCAGCAGGCAAUUGGGUACUUAUUGAAGGAAUUGACAGGCCAAUUGUAAAAACCAGUACAAUUACCGAUCUUAAUAAUACGGACGAUUUACACAUCUUCCGUCCGUUAAAAUUUAAUACGCAAAGUGUUAUUAAAAUUGCCGUUGAACCGGUCAAUCCGUCGGAAUUACCUAAGAUGUUAGACGGUUUGAGAAAAGUUAAUAAAAGUUAUCCGUUAUUGGGUACGCGAGUAGAGGAAAGCGGAGAGCAUGUUGUAUUGGGUACUGGCGAAUUAUAUCUGGAUUGUGCAAUGCACGAUCUACGUCGUAUGUAUUCUGAGAUAGAUAUCAAGGUCGCAGAUCCUGUGGUUGCUUUCGCUGAAACAGUAGUAGAAACCAGUUCUCUCAAAUGUUUCGCCGAAACACCGAAUAAAAGAAAUAAACUGACGAUGAUUGCAGAACCGCUUGAACGUGGUCUUGCGGAAGAUAUUGAAGCUGAACAUGUAAAAAUCACAUGGAACAAAAAAAAAUUAGGUGAAUUUUUCCAAACUAAAUACGACUGGGACUUAUUGGCCGCACGAAGUAUAUGGGCCUUUGGACCAGACACAACGGGUCCUAAUAUUUUGGUGGACGAUACUCUACCGUCCGAAGUCGAUAAAACAUUGUUGAGCAGUGCUCGUGACGCCAUUAUUCAAGGGUUUCAAUGGGGUACGCGUGAAGGGCCACUUUGCGAAGAACCCAUUCGAAAUGUUAAAUUCAAAAUACUCGAUGCUGUAAUAGCCCAAGAACCAUUACAUAGAGGUGGUGGUCAAAUUAUUCCUACCGCAAGGAGAGUCGCUUAUUCGGCCUUUUUAAUGGCUACCCCGAGAUUAAUGGAGCCAUAUUUCUUCGUUGAAGUUCAAGCACCGGCUGAUUGCGUGUCAGCUGUUUAUACCGUUUUAGCUAAACGUCGUGGUCAUGUCACUCAGGAUGCACCUGUUCCAGGAAGUCCAUUAUAUACUAUCAAAGCUUUUAUACCGGCCAUCGAUAGUUUCGGUUUCGAAACUGAUCUACGAACGCAUACGCAAGGUCAAGCAUUUUGUUUGUCGGUCUUUCAUCACUGGCAAAUCGUACCUGGUGAUCCACUUGACAAAACCAUUACCAUUAGACCAUUGGAACCACAACCGGCGACGCAUUUAGCCAGAGAAUUUAUGUUGAAAACGCGUAGACGUAAAGGACUAUCCGAGGAUGUCUCAAUCAAUAAAUUCUUUGACGAUCCUAUGUUGUUGGAACUGGCCCGACAGGAUGUAUUAUUAAAUUAUCCCUUGUAAUUAAUUUAAUUUAAUUAGAUAUAUUAAUAACUUGUAAAAUAUGAGAAUAUUAAAUGAAAUAAAAUUGUUAUUUUUU